CCCUUCUUCUGCCACCUCUCCGCUCUCUCUCCCUUCCCUGCUCCCUCCCAGCUCCCCAUUCUCCUCUUCCUGUCUCCCACCUCUCUCCCUCUCUUGCCUCCCUCCCUCCCCCUCUCUCCCUCCCUUCCCUCCUCCCCCGCGGUCCCAGUCUCCCCGCGCCUCCGUCGCCCGUUCUCUUUUGCUCUCCGCUCACUCCAUCUGCAGCCUCCCCCUGCCUCCAUCCUCCGAGCUGCUCCAGGGCUCGUCCGGAGAAGGGGCUGCAAGAUGGAGUGAAGCUGCUGCUGCUGCUGCUGCAGGGAGUCUUCAUCUUGGCACCAAGGAAAGAGGAGGAGCAGGAGGGUAGGGGCUGGCAUGGGCUCUGCGGGUCACUCUGACACCGGUUAAUGGGAUGGGACUGCAAGAUUAAAGGGGAACACAUGGGAUUUCAAGCGGCACAGCGAAAGCGAGAAAGAGAUUUCUCGCGUUAUCUUAUCUUGCUGACCCAGCCCGCGCUGCACCGCUCUCCACGGUGCCUUGAUAUGGAUGGAGUCCGCUGCAGGAGAUCUCAAGCGUGAAUCUGUGAUGUGUGACACGGCGGUCGUCGGGCGAGUGCAAACUUGAGAAUGAGAGAGACCGGCGGGCAGACGGGCAGGCAGGGUGGACAGCGAGGCGCUCAGAGGAAGCAGCAAGCCAGACAACUGAUCCUCUCAUCAGUCAGACAGCCCACGAGCCGCAUCAACUCAUCGGCCACCCAGGCACCUAUCCGGCUCGCCAUCCAGACAGAAAUUCAGACCAGCGCAGUCGUCUGAUCUGUUCUACAUCCAGUUCGCCAUCCAAUCUGACUAGCUCUAAUCCAUUCGCAAUCCAGCCGUCCAACCAGCAAUCCAGUCCCAGCUAGCUGUACAUCCACUCGCCAUCCAAGCAUCUUUACAGCCAUCCAAUCCAGCUAGCCGUAUACAUCCACUCGCCGUCGCAGCCGUCCCGACCGGUUUACUAUCCACCCAGUCCAUUCAUCCAUCCAGGGAUGCAUUCACGGCCAGCCAUCCUCCCAUCUUGUUGAAACGCCACCGAGCGCCCCGAGUUGAAGAAGGCGGCUUUGCGAGCGUGAAGAAGACAGGGGUAAGGGUUGAGAGAGAGGUGGGGUGGGGGGGUUUGGGUAGCGGGGGGGGGCGUGGGUGCUCUGGCGGCGAGGCCAAGGAUGAACGCGCGAUCGGCCACCUAUUCCCUAUCAGCGACAGCGAAAUCUCUCGCCGGGCUCCGGGCCAGCUUGAGAUAAUUACCCGCGAUCAAUAAACCGGCGCGAUAUCUCAAAAGUGGUUGGCCUGGGAACCCCCCCCCCCCCCCAAAAAAAAAAAAAUCAAGAAACAUCUAAAAGAGGAAGAAAAAAAAGCGAGGCAUAUCCGAGCGUCGUAUAUGCACACGGAUUCGUACAGCCGCAUACCAACACUCGCGUCAACACGUACACACACAGUUACGUACACCUAGACACACAUCACGAGCCGGGGGGGAUCGGGCACGGACAGGCAAGAGAUACGCGCAAGGCUUCUGCUGCUGCUGCUGCAGCAGCUCGCUUCGCCACGCGGGCGUCUGAACGGGAGAGGUAGGAGGAGGAGGAGAAGGAGGAGAGGGAUGAGUGGAGGGGAGAGCGCGCCCACGGGAUGAGAGCAGCAGCCGGAUCCAGUCGAGCAGAGCGAAGCGCAGCGCUCGGCGAGGAGCACUGAGAGCUCCGCGCGACAACAGCAGUGGAGCACAGGGGGGGCCAAGGCAUCCGUAGCACGAGAAAGAACGAGGAGCGCUGAGCGGGGUAAGGGAACGCCACUCUCUGCUUUGUCAGUGCUGGAUAGCGAAUUAAUGCAGCUGCUGCUGGACAGCUGCUGAUGCUGCUGCUUGCUUCACAAGUCCAGCGCUAACUCGACAGCAACAACAACAGCAGCAGCAGCAGCGUCACUACCACUGGUAGCGAUAACUCUACUGCUGCAGGAGUGAACAAGCGACGGGAUGUGGCACACGCCGUAGCGGACUCAAGAGGAGCGAGCGAGCGAGCGUUCGGGAUUGCGCUGCGGAGCGGAGGGAGCGAUGCUGGUGUCGAGCGGAGCGCAGACGCAGCCGCGCAUCUGCAUGUGACCACUCAAAGCAGGCGCGUGGACUGACGGCGCCAUGGCCCAGCCGCCGUUGGGGCCGCAGGAAACCCGGCUGCUGGCGCCGGCCGUGUUGACGCUGCUGGCGCUGCUGCUGCACCAAGCGCCUGCGCUCUGCCCCCGCCGCUGCGUCUGUCAGAACCUGUCGCCUUCCAUGGCCACGCUGUGCGCCAAGAAGGGGCUCCUGGCCGUGCCGGCCACGGUGGACCGACGCACCGUGGAGCUUCGCCUCGCCGACAACUACAUCACGCGCCUGCGCCGACAGGACCUGGCCAACAUGAGCGGCAUGGUGGACCUGACGCUGUCGCGCAACGCCCUCGAGGAGGUCGAGGCCGGAUCGUUCGCCGACCUGCGCGUGCUACGCUCGCUCUACCUGGACGGGAACCGGCUGACGAACAUCAGCGCGGACACCUUGCGCGGCCUCGCCAGUCUCCGCCUCCUCACCGUGAGCUUCAACCAGCUGGAUCACAUCGCCGAGGGCGCCUUCGACGACUUCCUGCUCUCCAUGGAGGACCUGGACCUCUCCUACAACAGCCUCGAGAAGGUGCCGUGGGAGGCCAUCCAGCGCAUGACCAACCUGCACGCCCUGGGCCUCGACCACAACCUGCUGGAGCGCGUGGUGGCGGGGUCGUUCGCGCACCUCUACAAGCUCGCGCGCCUCGACCUCAGCUCCAACCGCCUGCGCACGGUGGCGCCCGACCCGCUGUUCUCGAGGGCGCAGGGCGCCGGCGGGGGCCUGCUGGCCGUCAGCCUCGCCGGCAACCCGCUGCACUGCAACUGCGAGCUGCUGUGGCUGCGGCGGCAGGAGAGGCAGGACCUGCUGGAGACCUGCUCGUCGCCCGCGCACCUCUCGGGCCGCGCCUUCUGGGCCGUGGGCGAGGACGAGUUCGCGUGCGAGCCGCCGCUCAUCACGCACCACACGCCGCGCCUCGUCGUGCUGGAGGGCCAGCGGGCCACGCUGCGCUGCCGCGCCGUCGGCGACCCCGAGCCGCGCGUCCACUGGCUGGCGCCCGGCGGCCGCGUCGUGGGCGCCUCGGGCCGCGCCGUCGUGCACGCCAACGGCACGCUGGAGAUACUGUCGGCGUCGCCCAGGGAGGACGGCACCUUCACCUGCUUCGCCUCGAACGCCGCCGGCGAGGCCAUCGCCAACGUGGAGCUCAGCAUCAUUCACCUGCCGCGGCCGCCGAACGAGACCGGGUGGGCGCGCGAGCCCGACCCGGGCUCGUCCGACAUCGCGACGCCGAACCGGCCCUCGUCGUCCACGGGGCCCGGCACCAACGCGAGCGAGAGCAAGGCGCACCACAAGCGGCGCGUGGCCGCCGUCGACGUGGCGGCCACCUCGGCGCUGGUGCGCUGGACGGCGUGGAAGGGGAUGCGCGGCGUGCGCAUGUACCAGGUGCAGUACAACGGCAGCGCCGACGACUCCUACGUGUACAGGAUGAUGUCUCCGGGCAGCAGCUCGUGCCUCAUCACGGGGCUGCUGCCGGGCGUCGGGUACCAGGUGUGCGUGCUCGCCAUCUACUACGACGGCACCAUCGUGCCCUCGGUGGCCGCCACGCGCCCGCUGGGCUGCGUCGACUUCGUGACGGAGGAUACCGGCGACGGCGACUCCCAGCUCUGCUCCUCCUCCAUCGCCUCCUCCAUGGCCAACGGCGGCGCCAUCAUGCCGGGCCAGCUGCUCGGAGGCACCAUGAUCAUCAUCAUCGGAGGCAUCAUCGUGGCCUGCCUGCUCGUCUUCACCGUCAUCCUCGUCAUCGGCUACAAAGCCUGCGCCGCCAACGACGGCACCACCAAGACGUCGAGCCGGGCGAACGGCGCCGGGGCGACCGCUGCCGUCGGCACCUCGGUCCCUGCCGGCGCGGCCGACGGCUACUCCGCCGCCACCGCCGUGGCCGCGUGCCACCCCAACAGCAACAGCAGCAACAGCAACGGCAACAACGGCGCAGCGGCGGCCCCCGCGGGACUGCCGGUGCAGGCCAGCUACGGCGACGUGGUGCGUGAGCUGAACCAGCUGAAGCUCGCAAAACCGCCCGACCCAGCGUGCGACGUGAAGCCGGCCACGCUGCCACGCGCGCCGCGUACCGCGCGACUCGGCGCCGAUCUGGAGGCCGAGUCGCCGGCUGUUGCGGCUGCUGCUGCUGCGGCUACGGCGGAACGCGCAACGCUGCCGCGACGGCUCGCAGCGCACCGGAGGUCCGUAACGUCGAUGCCGCAGCGCUCGGUGGACGUUUCUCCGGCGGACGGAUCGACGACGCGUGCGGUGUGGCCGCGUGGGGACGGGCGCAGGGCGACGCGCAGCCUGUCGUUCGACGGCGGCAGCUUCCCCCACGGAGUCUCCUCGCUCGGGCUGAGCGGCGCUGGGCAGCCCCGGCGGGCGGGCGGCAUGUGGACCAAGCGAAGCAUGUCCGUCAACGGGAUGGUGCCCAGCGUUGAGGACGGGAAGUUGUCCGGACGCAAAGCCAUCUUCAGCAGCUCCGACUGGAUCCUCGAGAGCACUGUAUGAGCGCAGGGCAGCGGCGCUCGCAAACAAACGAGAGCGGCGAGUGACGGACAAACCCCCCCCCCCCCCCGCUUUUGGGAAUACGUCAGCGGAGAUAACAAGAGCACAGGAAGGACAAUGCGACAGCAAAUGUAACCAGAGAUUUAAAUAAAGUUAAACAAAAAAGAUGAAAUAUAUUGUAACAGUAUUUAAGGCUUCAGUGGCUCGCUCAGAUUUUUGAAAGCAUGCACCAUCUACGAAGCGCCUUUACCCCAGGAGAGCGUGCGCGUGUCUGGCCAUGAGUCGUCAUUGCCCCCCCCACCCACCCCCCAGCGUCAACGCGCCCCGUUCCGGCCAUCGCAUCAACCUCGGCGCGUCGGGGAGUGGGUAUAGGCGGCGACACGCGAAUAAACCCGUUUACAGAGUAGCAGAUGUAUGAUUUGUCCGUGGGCACGACGGUAUGCAAGAGUGACGAGCGAGCGAGCGACUCGAGGUGGAGGUGGUUCCCAUAGCUUGUGCUGGCGCUCCACUCCCCAAAGCCCCCCCCCCCCCCCCGAGUUUCCGGGCCAGCGCCUUCUUCUUAUUCUUCUUCUUCUGUGCAAUACGCGGAGCCGCGCAGAGCGAGCCCGAGUCUUUUGGAGCACCAGCGAGCAAAGAGGGCGGCUUUGCGCUUGGCCGGGCAGCACACCGGCCCCAGCAGUUUCCUCGACAAGAGAAUGCAAAUAAAAUGAUAACGACGACGACGAUGAUAAUGAUAAUGACGAUGGUGAUUUAAAAAAAAAUGCAAAAUUUUGGCAAUGUACAACGGCCUGCAUAUAAACACAGCGGUUGUAACUAACGGUCGAUGUUUUUUUUGUGUGUGUGGAGUCAUUCCGAUGUCACGCUCGUCGUCCGCAAGCGACUCCUCCUUGCAAGCCUGGUGGAUGGGGCUCAGGGAGGAGGGAGCUUGGGACAGUCUGAUGCCCCUUACCGUUCUAUUUGUGUGAUUCCCGGAGGCAGUCCGCUACUUGCUUUGCAGCCUCGCUACGAGCAUCGCUAAAUGGGAUGAGUUGAUCGACUACUUAAUUUAUAUUUUCAAUCUUGCAGUUUACUCAAGUGCUAUAUAUUUAUCAACUGCCAAGGGGAAGGGAAGGAGCGGCUGCGAUUUCGUUUUGUAUUCUACUCCCCGCGAAGGUAGAAUGUGCGAGUCAUUAAAUUGACCCUAUUGUGUUUCGGUAAAGAGAUGUGGACCCACUGUUGUGUACAUUAUGUCAACACGGGGCCAGGUGUACAUAUGGUGCUUUUUAAAAGUGGAUUAAUCAGUUCGCGUGUUGCGGUCAGUGCUUGAAUGUUGGUUCUUUUGGAGCGAUGGUGGUAACUUCCUUGGUGUACAAAGUGAAGUAAACUCGAUGUAAAUACUUCUCUCCGUCAUUAUUACCACCGGUGCCACGCGUAACACGCACACACACACACACAAAGACAACGAUCCCCUUGUAUAGCCUUUAACUGUUGGGCUAAGGUGCUAUUAGCGAGCACCUAUUAUACAUAUAUACAUAGCACACGCAUGAGCCACUGUCGCCAGUGUUGAAAACUCUGCGAGUUCGUCACCAGAUCGAACGAUUUUAUCGGUUUCCCGAGAGGCAACAUGUUGCCAGCGACAUGCCCGAACGCCUUUCUGAGACCGACCCAUGAGGCCGAUUUCAGAGCCGACUCCGCGUGCGGC